AUGGCUCAUGCGCUGAUCCUCGGGGCCUCCGGAAUCUCCGGCUGGUCUCUCCUGAACCAGGCUUGCAGUUAUCCUACUCCAACGACUUUCAAACGGAUCACCGGUACCACAAACCGUCCUCUGACGUUGGAAAAGGCGCAGUUACCCAACGAUCCUCGCCUGCACAUUGCGUCGGGAAUCGACUUCACAAAGUCCGUGGACGAAGUUGCCCUGUCGCUCAAGCAGAAAAUCCCAGAUGCAGACACCAUCUCCCAUGUCUUUUACACAGCAUACGCAACGGGGACAAGUCCUGAAAACACGGUAGAGUUGAAUACGGGCUUGCUGUCAGUUGCAGUGCAAGCGAUCGAGAAGGUCUCUCCGAAUGUCAAGGUCGUCAUCCUGCAGACAGGCGGCAAAAGUUACGGCGUCACGCACCCCAAUGAAGUCAAGAUCUGUCCCCCCUUGAAGGAAGAUCUCCCUCGGAUCCCAUCGCCGUGGGCCAAUGACGUGUUCUACUACAACCAGUACGACGCGCUCGAGAAGCUGUCGGAGGGAAAGUCGUGGACCUUUUCCGAGAUUCGUCCAGACGCCAUCAUCGGCUUCGCCCCUACAUCGAAUGCCAUGAACUUGGCCAAGGGAAUCGGCAUCUACCUGACGAUCCACCGGGCGGUCCACGGCGACGGCGCCAGCGUCCCGUUCCCUGGGCCGGACAACAGCUACUAUACAACCCACAGUGACACCUUUCAAGACAUCCUGUCCAAGCUGGAGAUCCAUGCGGCCGUCAAUCCCACAAAAUGCGGUGACGGCCGCGCCUUCAACGCGGCGGACGGGCAGACUAUCUCAUGGUCGCAGGUGUGGCCGCGUCUCUGCAAGUACUUUGGACUCAAGGGCCAGGGGCCGGCUCCUCGCUUGGCGCCGAUUACCGACUUUGUGACAAGACACGAGGAGGUCUGGGCCGCUCUGGCUAGCGAGCACGGCCUGGAGAAGGACGCUGUUCAGAGUUUUGACUGGAGUUUUCUGGAUUUCAUGCUCGUUCAGGUUGGCUUUGACCGAGAGUUUGACUUGACGCGGUCUCGCGAAGUUGGGUUCAUAGAGGAGAUAGAUACCGUGGAGGGAUUCAAGACGGCUUGGGAGCGGAUGAAGGCUGCCAAGCAGCUCCCUCCGUUCUAG